UUUCCUACAGUAAUAUACAUUUUGAUUUUCCAUCUUUAAAUCGGACAAUCGUUGACGGAUCAUUUAAAUAUUUAAAUGGUUAAAAUUUAAACGGCUCUCGGAUGUAAUUUUACCCUGUGGAUAAACAAAAUAUUAAAAUUAAAAACACGAUAUGUUGUUUGGAAACAUGGAAGUAUUAUUUCGUUGAUCAAAGUUCACGAGAAUUUAUUUCACUCUGUCAUUGGAUACAACACGUGGAAUGAAUUGGAUUACUUUAUUGAAUAUAAAACAUCAGCUUUAUCAAGAAAUGUUAGCCAUGUUUUGAUCACUUAAUCGUUGAAGCCAGGGAGGAUUUUAUAAGGUAUUGUGUUGGAAUUUAAAAUUUAAUUGUUGAAUUUUAAUAACUUAUGAAAAGAUAUUUCACAUAUGUUCGUGUAUUCAGUAGAUCAGUUGGCAUGUUUUAAAUCUGACGAGAAAUAUACUUUUCACUUGAAGUGAUCAAUAUGGAAUUUUAAAACGCAUCAAUUAUUAACGUUCUUUUCUACUUUUUGUCUGCAACUUAUUGAAGUGAUAUUUUCGAGAAAAAAAAAGAUUUUCCGAAAUGGUGCUGCGCGAGGAAACUACUAUACAAGUAAAAUCUUUAGUCCAUCAAAUGGAAAAUUCGUUGGAUUUGAAUGAAAUGGAAGAGGAUAUCUUUCCUGCCAAACCUCAGCCUCAGGUCAAAUCUAAAUGGAAUGUAGAGAAUGAUCAUUUGAAAAGAUGCAUGGGAAACAAUCUAUUCAAUUCUGUAUACAAAUGCAGGUUCAGAAAAGUGAAAUUAAUGUUAGACAAAGGAUUAAAUGUUAAUAUUCUGAAUGACUAUGGUUACAACGUGUUGAUUGCUGCUCUUCAUAUACAAGAUCAAGAAAAUAGAGGGAAAAUGUUUAGGUUUCUCAUCAAAAGAAACGCAAAUCCAGCAUUUAGAGAUGAAAGACAUGGUAGAUCUGUUUUGGCAUGGGCUUGUAUUUUAGGCAGAUCCUCAGAAUUACAGUUACUUCUCGAUACCUUCUUAGGAGAAAUCGAUAUUUUGGAGAAGGACUGUAACGGAAUGACCCCUUUACAUCAUUCUUGCCAGUCAGGUAAUGAAGAAAUAGUAUCAGUUUUAUGUAGAGAAUGUCGUAGAUACCGCUUGUCUGUAGACGUCCACGAUAAGUUAGGUCUAACUCCUUACUUACAUGCCAAAAGACUUGGUUAUCAUAACAUAGCUAAAAUACUCCAAGAAGAAGGCAAUGCAAGCUUGGGACAAACAGACAGGUUUACAUUCAGGAAUGGUGAAGACUGGACAGAAGUCGGCAAAAAGGCAAAAGAAAGACAAGAGGCCAAAAGAAGAAUGAGCGAUUUUGAGCAUGCUGCGAUUAGCGGGCGAAGUCGUAUUAUGAAUUCUCUCCAACAUUCUCAGACUUUAUCCCGGUCUGUACCAGAAAUUAGAAUAUCAUGUGCAGAUGACACGCCACGCCGUAAUACAGUUUUCAUUGCUCAGAAACCUGAUAUAUCAAAAACAAAAUCCGUUAGAUAUAUGGACGAUCUUGAGCAAGAAUAUAUGACCAACAUUGACGGCAAUAUCACCAACAGAGGGAAGCUUACUCCGCCGUCUUCAUUGAAUUUCCGAGGAUCACUUGCGCUCUUAGACUUGUCAGCAAAUAAACGGUUUGCAACGUUCAAAAAGCCACCACCAAAAAAACUUACAAACGUACAACAGGCUACAUUGGCCAAUAUCAUGGCACAGUUAGCUGACCAGAAAACGUCAUCAUAUCGCCGUGGAGUUAUAGUUCCCACUCCCGAAUCACAGAAAGGUGAUGGCAGACCAAAGAAAUCAACCAUGGCCAUAAUAUUUGGCAAAAGAAAAAACAAAAAGGACAAAGACAAUUCGUCUGGUAAAAAGUCUGGCCGAAAGGAAAAGGAGAAGAAAACUCCAAAAGACAAAAAAUAAACAAUAAAUGGAGAAAUGUAUUAUAAUUUUUAAGAAGAAGCAUUCAAAAUCGCCAUUGAAGAUUAGGUUUGCUGAACAAAUGAAAAAGUGUUAUUUGUGGUAUGAAAUUGACUUGUUUGAAUAUUGUGACGAAAAAUCCUUGCCAAAGAGAGUUUUGAUUCCAUAAUUAUAUAUACAUGUAAUUUUAGUUGAUAUACCAGGGAGCAAAUAGUCAGAACUACAAAUCAUAAACUUACUUAGGGCAGUAAAUACGAUGCGAUAAUAAAUUGAAAUAUUCAUAA